CUGUACGGAAAAAAAUUUAGGCUGACCGACUCUGAUCAAACGAGCCGCCGGGCGCCAUCUUGUGGGGUCACUCUGGGUCAUCGUGGUGCAUGACGGGUAGGGCCAAGUCCUCUUCACAACAAAGGUACUGGAGCAAGUUGUCUACAUUCUGCAUCCAACCAUUAGAAACAACAGUUCAUCAAUGGUGCUGGUUCAAUAAUCUUCUCUCCAGGAGUCAGUUAACAUACAACAGCUUCUCAUCAGUUGUGUCAAGCAAUAUCAGUUAAUUUACACCUUGUGUGUACAUUUACUGAUUAUAGAAGGACACAGUGUUUUGAAUCACAGUUAUUGGGAUAACGCUACAGCUGCAACCAUGAGGAAGGUCCAGCUGACUGCGUAUGACUUUGGCAUGUUCGACUGUGACAUCUCUCCAACGGAAUAUGACUUCUUCCUCAAGCACAAGGGUGCCUUCAAGAGAAUGUGGUCUGAUCAGGGGAAGAAGUUCUGGAAUAGGUUCAUGGUUUGCUUCCGUGCCUUCUCCCAGAAUUAUGGAGCAAUCAAAGAGUUUCCAGUCAAGAGUGACAAGUAUGAAGCCUAUAUUGACCAGGCCUUCAUAUACAUACAUGACCAGUUUGUAGAAGGAAAAGUGAGCACAGCUAAAGGCUUGGUACUAGACACAGUGGUAGUAGCACAGAACAGACAGAGUUUGCAGUACCUGGAAUCACAGUCUUUUGCAAAAGAUCCAUUUUACAACAAGGACACAAGAGAUGUUUUUAGAAGGUUGUUUGGACAACCAGGAGAAAAGUCUUCAUAUGUCAAGGUGUACUUCCUGAUACCACUUUAUGUGAAGUUUGGUGGGUCGGUGUGUCGAUGCUUAAGGCACUGGCUGGAGGCAGAAGAGAUCGACUCUGCAGAUGAGUCCUACUACAUUCCCCCCGGUCCUAACAUGAUCAUGCCAAAAUCUGACAAAAGGAAAGAUAUAUUACCAGUAUCCACAAAGGAAACAAGAGCAAGAUCCUUAGAUAGGGACGUAAGAGAUUCUAGUAAAAUAAAAGAACUUCCAAACUCUGAUGCACAGAAAAGCACAGUAGAUCAAAAUGGUAGUGUUCAAGCCACAGGUACAGGGACCAAAAAGAAGAAGAAAAAGAAGAAGCCCAAACAUGAUGAAAGUAAAAGGAGUGAGUCAAGUGAUUCCACCAGCAGUGGAGCGAAUGAGAGUAAAGCAGACAAAAGUGAGAGUGGUCUGAGCCCAUUGUUGGGGGCAGUCAUCGCACCACAUAUUGACGGUGAUCCCACAAUGGACGCCAUCCUUGCUGCUGUGGUCAAAAACAAUGUCGAAGUCGAGCGAAUGCAGAGGGAAGCGUCAGCUGCCAAGCGAGCUGCCGCUGCCAAAGAAUAUGAGGCAUCUAACCUUGCUGAAAGAGCUCCACCAACAGUUGGACAAAAGUCCUCCAACCCAAGUAGCCCUGUACGACCCAAGGCCAACAAGAAGGACACUUUUGUGGCCAAUGAGGGCUCUCCUCUGGUUCAGAAGCUGGAGGAAACCUUUGGUCUUCCCAAACCAACACAGACUAAGAAGAGGGACAAAUCUCCACCUAUUAAGAUAUCUGUGAGUGGUUGUGAAGAAGGGAAGAAGAAGCUAGCUGAGGCAGAGAAAAGAGGCGAGCGCACCUCCGCUACAGUUAACGUGACAGUGACCUUUGACCCUGAGGUCAGGAAUCAGAUCACUCCUGAGAAAACCAAGGCAGCUUUUGAAGAAGUGCUGCAUAACAUGUACACCAAGCCCCCAAAGGAGCGCCUGAGCAGCGAUCCACGUGAACGAAAGGAGCAAAUCAGGGAGAGACUACGCAGGAAACACGCCUGCAAAGAUAUGCCUCAAGUUUUGGACUGUCACUGGGCCAGUGAUCUUCGUAAGUCAACUUCAGACGCUGAAAAAGUCAAAGAGAAGUCACCAGAAGAGAUGUUUGACAUCAGCAAAGAAGACAUGGCAAAGAAACUUUCAGACCUCUGUAAGUUUCAGCCAGAGAAGAACAACCCAUGGGCUGCUCAAGGGCCACCUGUCCCUCCUCCGGCUCACCUGCUGAAGAUGGUAGACAAAGACAAUGCUGAAGCCAAGAAAUCAUCAUCCACAAAGACAGUAGAGGUACGUUCAACUGAGACUCAAACAACUCAGCCUCGUUCUUCUGAUGCUCAGGCAACUCAGCCCAAACCAUCUCCUGUUCCCCUGAAGUCUGAUUCAUCAGUUAAAACAGCAUCUAGCCCUAGCACUCAAACAACACAUUCCACAGUAGCAAAUCCAACAUCUCCCAACCCCAAGUCUAACGGAGCAGGCAAGGGAGACAGAGAAUCAAUCAUAGUGAUAUUGGAUGAAGAUAAGAUGAAAAAGACAGGAGGGAGUGAUACAAAGGCAGGAGAGGAAAGACAGGGGGCUCGCCUGGUGGAACUUAAACCGGACGGACAGGAGGAGGUGUUAGAGUCUAAGACAGAGGAAGAGGAAAGGAUGGAGCAGCGAGCUAAGGCUGUCGCGGAGCAGGUAGCACUCAUGGCGGGGAUCCCUCCACAGGGGAAACCCAAUUUGGACGAUGAUAUCCUACAGAAUAUUGACGUCUCCAAAUAUGUCCGGACAAGCACUGUUGAGAAUCCUAUCAUGUUUGAUGGGCAGCUACUGUCACCAGGAGCUAGAAUCAUCAACGUGUACCACCCACCCGGCACCCCUGGGAUUCCACUGGAAAGUGAAAUGAAUAAACGCAUCAAAGUACUGGGUAAACCACCCGACCAACAGGCAGGAAAGAAGGAACAGGUCAAGAAGAGCAGCACUGAGGUUGACGCUUCCUCCAAAAAGAAAGACAGCGAGGCUGCCUCCAAGAAAAAAGUCAUUGAUCGUGAGGCUAUCACCAGGAAAAUAAGUGAGCUUGAGGCUUCCUCCAAGAAGAAAGGCAGUGAGACUUCCCCCAGAAAGAAAAGUGAAGACAAUGGAAUACGAGUCACAGGGGAUGAUGGCAUUCGUGUCAAAGGUGAUAGCCCAACAAAGAAACCCAAAGAAAAGCAGUCCAGCAAACCUACACAGUCCAGCAAACCUGCAGAUAUGCAGGAGGGUGCAAGUGCAAAGCCUAAAGCUGGUGACUCAGAGAAGAAACCAUCCUCUGGUCAACCACCCAAAGGUCUGGGAGCAGACGCUGUCGAGAAGAUCAAAAGUGGAAUGUUUGCUCCUUUCUUAAAGGGAAUGAAUCCUGUUGUACAAGACUACAUUGAGGGGCCAGGUUGUGCCCUUAUUGGCAUGUAUGUCCCACAGAACCCCGACAACCCAGGUCAACAGGACCGUGUCGGCAUGAUGAGAGUCAGUGAGACAAUGAGUAAGAUUAGAGAAAUGCAGGCCUGCCAGGAGAGGUGGGAUCUGACUCAUGAGGAGUUUGAUGAGAUCACCUCAAACGGAACCCUCCAACUCUGUGAUGAACUAGUCAUUGACUACCUUGCCAAGAAGACUGACCGCACCACUGGACCGCCUGGGCGACCAGCCGCUGUGAUACCAUUAUUACCAGCUGCCACCGAAGGGAAGAGGAAGACGGGGAAGCUGCGCAGCUGUUCCAACUGCGGUCAGAUUGAACCCCACCCCAGGACCUUCAAACAAUGCCAAAGGUGCAAAGAGAACCGCAGCAAGUAUCCACGCUUCUAUUGUGGACGGGACUGUCAAAUUGAAGACUGGGGAGCGAGACACAGACAGGAACAUUUGGACAUGGACUGAGUCUGUGCUGUAGAUACAUGGAAAUGAAACUGCAGCUGUUUUACUACAAGGGAGUUACUACAUGCAAAGCUUUUCAUCAAGGUUCAAAGUUGUGGUAAAUCCUAGACUCAACUUCAGUUCUAUCUGGAUGGGUGUGACCAAAGCAUUUGAAUAUGUUCCUUUCAGUGGUUAAGAGUAAAUGUUUUUCAGC